CUCGCCUUUCGCUUGCGGACUGCUGCCGGCUCCCGGGGUCUGAGGUGGAGACGAGGACCCCGGCUCCUUAGCCGCUUGCUCCUCUGCGCGCGCGCCUGGUGUCGGCUUGGGCGUCGGGGAAGCCAGUUUUUGUGAAGUUUCAAGAGGGAGCAGAAUGAGGUGCUAUGUACAUCUGCCAUCGUCACCCAGAGAUAGUAAUCGUCUUUCUCUUCCAAAUAGUAAUGGCAGUACUGCCAGGAACAGAGUGCCCUCUACAAAAGCAGCCAUAUGUAUGUGAACCAUCUUCGUGAAUAUAGUAUUUAAUGAAAAGUCCAUGCUUAAGUGGUGAAAAUGGCAGGCUUCCUAGAUAAUUUCCGUUGGCCAGAAUGUGAAUGUAUUGACUGGAGUGAGAGAAGAAAUGCAGUGGCUUCUGUAGUAGCAGGUAUAUUGUUUUUUACAGGUUGGUGGAUAAUGAUUGAUGCAGCUGUGGUGUAUCCUAAGCCAGAACAGCUGAACCAUGCCUUUCACACAUGUGGUGUAUUUUCCACAUUGGCUUUCUUCAUGAUAAAUGCCGUGUCCAAUGCUCAGGUGAGAGGUGACAGCUAUGAAAGCGGCUGUUUAGGAAGAACAGGUGCUCGAGUUUGGCUCUUCAUUGGUUUCAUGUUGAUGUUUGGGUCACUUAUUGCUUCUAUGUGGAUUCUUUUUGGUGCAUAUGUUACCCAAAAUACUGAUGUUUAUCCAGGACUAGCUGUGUUUUUUCAAAAUGCACUUAUAUUUUUUAGCACUCUGAUCUAUAAAUUUGGAAGAACUGAAGAGCUAUGGACCUGAGAUCACUUCUCAAAUCACAUUUUCCUUUUGUUAUAUUCUAUUUGUAGAUAAGUUUUUAUCUCUCAAUAUAAUUUACACAUUGCCAAAUGGAAUAGAUUGUACAUUAAAUGUUUUGUUUCUUUACACUUUUAUGCUCUGAGUUUUGAAAUAGUAUUAUGAAGUAUCUGUCCUUUUUUUUUCAUUGAAUAGAUUGUUAGUAUGUACAUAGUAUAAGACUAUAUAGAUGAGAUGACCUGUGUCAAUUUUUUUAUUCUUGAAGACUUAAAGCUUAAUCUGUUCCCUGAGCCAGGGUUGUAUCAUCAUCUAAUUGUAGAGUUAACUACUUUGUCUCAGUAUCUCUAAUUUUCAAAAUGUGCAAAAAAUACAGCUCCAUAUAUCUGAAAUAAGCACUGAGCCAUUAAAAAAGGUAUUUCAGCAAGUUGUAAUUUAUCUUGGCUUAAAAAUGAGAUUUUUUUAAAAGGAAAAAUGUUUGUUCUUAUGUAUAAAGUGGACUUUUAUAUGAAGAUUUUUAAAAAUACCUGAAGGACUAGUUUGAAAGCCUCUUUUAAAAACAAUUCCUUUCAUAUGACUUUAUUUGAGAAGGGUUAAUACAUGAUCAGCUAAGCUCAGUUUUAUAUGGUUGAUGUAAAAAGACUGUAAGGCAGCUCAGCAACAUGCUUCUUACAAAAGCAGCUUAAAUGGUCCUCUUUUGACAGCCUACUAUUAUCUGACAUUACAAAAUUCUAUAUCAAGCAAGUUUGAGACAACUGCAGCUUAAAAGCAUGAACCAUAUAACAAAAAGUGGAAUAAUUAGUUUCAAGAUAAAGCACUUCUUCCCAAAGGGGAUUAUUAUGACCUAGUGAAAAAUUUGGUGUUUCAUCCACUCAGUUACUGACUGCAAGUCUCUUUUUGCUCUAGCUCUCAAGCUUUAGGUGAACUCUUCUUGCAGAAUACGUCUUUAACCUGAAAGUUCUUACUCCAGUCAAAAACUUCUUUUGCUGAGUUUGAAAUACUGUAUUUGCACUGAGUGUAUUCCUGUGAGAGAUUUCAGAGGGAUAGCUGGGUCUUUAUUUCUACUUUUGCUUUCCUUUGUUAUACAGGUUUUGUGUUGCACCAUUUUCCUCCAGAGGCAUUUUUCUAGAGCCUUUUGUUGUAAGACAGAAUAAUAUCAGUGGUAUUAUAUGCAGCUUCUAAUAUAAGCCUUAUUUUGCUUAAUGUCUCUCCUCUCUGAGGAUUUACUGUGCACAGAGUAUGAAGCAGUUGUGGAAUGCUGUGCCUUUGUCUAGAUACCAUCGUGUUUAAUUACUUCUUUCUGUGUUUUUUUUCCUCAAAAAAACUGUCUUGCUUCCAACAAAUUUUAAGACUUGUUUCCACUCCCUUCUAACCUCUUACAAUAAAUAUUACUUCUCACA